AAUUGUACAACCUCAUCAUGGUUUUAUUAAGUACUUUAAUUCUUUUAUUUAUAUCUGCAUUUUCUAAUGCAAAUAAUAGCUACCAAGAGCUCACAGAUGUAUUUUUUGACAACUUGAGGGCUCUCCCAUUACUAUUAGAAGAAACAAAGUUAACUGAUUCUUCCAAAGAGUUCAUUCAAAAGCAAAUAGAAAACUAUCGAAAUUUGAAUUUCGAUACUACAAGAUUGAAAAAAAGGAGUGCUACAUAUAUUGGCGAAUCAAUUCAACAUGGCGUUGAAAAAAUUUCUUUUGAACCUAUUUUCAAUAUAAACAGUACUGAUCCAAUUCACACUGUCUUUGUAAAACACGAAGAUAAUGUUUAUGCGGUGGUUUUGGAUAAUAAUGGAGAGCAACUGUCUAUAUUUAUAUAUAAGAAUGAAACUUUUACUAGAAUAAAAAAUAGUAAUGUACAUAAAGGAGUUAAAGUUGCAGCAUAUCCGUUGAAGAAUUCGUUACUAAUUGUUGUAGCCGAAUUUAGAGAUUUUUCUUCAGAUGUUGAGGAUGGCAUAAAAGUAUUCGAAUGGAAUUUACAGAGACAAUUAAAAAUUCGACAUUUUGUUGAUGUACCUUUUGCAACUGAUGUUAAAAUUUGGGAUUAUCAAGGUGAUAUAUUCAUGUCGAUUGCAAGUUAUAAGAAUUCUCAAAAUAAAUAUGAAACCAAAACACCAAUUUACAAAUGGGUAGACAGAUAUUUUGAUUUGAUUCAAGAAGUAGAAACAAGUGGGGCUAAAAGUCUGUCACCUUUUACCAUCGACAAUUUUCAAUAUUUAGCUGUGUCUAAUUCUAAACGCAAUUCUGGCAAUACACAAACCUACUCAGAAAUUUUUAAAUUUGAUGUACAAACAAACACAUUCCUUCCUUAUCAAAGGAUAUUAACAAGAGGUUGUCACCAUCUGAAAUAUUUUAAAAUUAAUGAAUAUAACGAACACUUUUUGGCUGUAGCUAAUAAUCACAAGCAGGGCAUUAAUGGUGAAUUUGUGUUGGAAACUAAUUCAGUAGUUUACAAAUUGGUUGAUGACUAUUUCAUUCCAUUUCAAACCCUUUCAACUAAUGGAAUUAUUCAAUGGGAGACAACUGAGAUGGAUAAUAAAGUGUUAAUUUUGUUGGCAUUAAACUUGGACGAAAAUGGUCAGAGUAGUAUUUCCGCAUACAGUUACAAUGGAUGGAAAUUUGUAAAACCGAAAAACGAUAUACCAUCAUCUCUCUUUUCCCAAAAUCUUCAAACAAUUACAGCUUACAAUCUCGCAAACGCAACUAUUUUAGCAUGUUCUGGGAAUAACGUACCACACAAUAUUUUUAAACUUGAGGUGGCAACUAAUAAAGAUUUGAAAGAAGAAUAUGAUGAAAUGCUAAAAUGGUGCCAAAGUGAAAUUACAAGGAUUAAAUCAAAGGAGAAACUUCAUGUUUCUAAGAGACAAACGGAUCAAUUAUCCGAAAACACACAUUUUGCGCAAAUUGAAUUUAUUCAAAACACAUUAGACGCAUACAAAUUAGAAAUGGGAGAAGUACAUAAAAAAAUUAAUUCGUCUUAUCAACUACAAGGAACUCAUACCAUCCAACAAGAUGUAACAACAAAAAAUGUUUUAGUAACCAAUAAUUUGAAGAUCAAUGAUAUGACAACAAAAAUUAUAAAUGAAAGAGACAUGAACAACUUUAAGGAAACUGUCGUCAGAAUAGACGAAAACAUUUUCAUGGAGGAAGUAAAAUUUGAUUCCAUCACCAUAAGCAGCUCCAUUGAUACUAAACGAGUAAACAACCAUGAUGUAGAAGAACUCGUUUAUUCACACGACGACAUUCAUUUGAACAAACUGAACGUUAAUGGUCUUGCACAUUUCAAGCAGUCUCUAAAUGUAGGAUCACUCAACAACAUCAUCAUUUCAAAGAGCAAUAUUCUUGUGAACGGCGAAAAUCAAACUUUUGCAGAUUUCCAACAUGAUUCUUUGGUGCUUGACAACAUCCGCACCAAAAACUUAAACAAAUUAGACAUGGAAACCACGUUCAAAAGGAACAACACACUUAUCUCUAAACUGGAUACACUCAGAGCUAAAAAAGUAGUCAUUGGAGGAUUCAUAAACGACAUCGACAUAACUACCUUGUAUAAGUACGCCUUAAGAAAGUCUGGACUACAAGAAAUCCACAUGCCCUACUUCUUUGAUUCUGUACAAGCCAAUGACUUUUCUAUACGAGGGUUGCUGACAGAAAAAGACUUGUCCAAUCUGGUAUCUAUAGCUAAGGGUGAUCAUAAUUUGAGUAGAGACUUGUUAUUCGCCUCAGAUUUGCAUGUUAAUAAUUUACACGUCAAAAAGUUUUUGGAUAAAAUUGAAAUUAAAAAGGGCAAGCUGGACUUGCUCCUUAAAAAUACUUCUGAAUCGCAACAUAUAACUGCACCUAAAGUGUUUGACAACGUCAAUAUUUUAAAUCUGAUAAAAUUAAGAGGCAACGUCCGAAACAAAGAGUUACUAGACAAGAACACCCUCGCAGUUACCAACAGUCCUGUAAUUGUGGAUAGCGAUGUAACAUUAACUGGGGAAGUAAUAAUUGAAAGUUUGUUACAUUGCAAGGAUUUGGUUAGCUCAAACAAAGCAUCAUUACAACAUUUGGAACAACAAGGUUUGAAAUUGGAUGAGGCCGAAAUCCCUGUACAUUUAAAAUUUAUUUCUCCUUUAAAUAUUGAGCAUAUAUUCGUUGAUAAUAUCAAUAAAGUCAAUCCUGCUACAUCCUGGGUAGUGGCUGGUGAACAGACUCAAGUUAUCAGUGGAUGGAAGCAAUUUUUAGGUAACGUUGUAGUGACUGGAGGAACUGACGUGGAAAAAAUUAACAACAUCCUUGUGUCUGAGUUGGAGGGCAAUAUUUUAAUGAAAACCGGAGAUCAAGAAAUCAGUGGGAAACAUGUUAUAAAGUAUCUUGUCACAGAACAUGACAUAAACUAUAAAAAUAUUACUUUUGGAGCUAAUAAAUGGGAGGACGUGUUAACUUUGGAAGAUGACCAAGAAGUCGAAGGAAUAACAACCUUCAAAAACACCUUAAAAGCUAAUAAAGGCGUAGUCACGACUCUGCAGGUCAAUGGUAAAAUGAACGAUCACGAUUUCGAUGAACUCGUAAGGGAUACUGUAAUGAAAAACAGUGACAAGAUAAUUACUGGCCAUAAAACUAUAUCCACAUUAAACGUUGAAAAUAUUAAAUUAAGGAAUUCCGAAGCCAUGGAUGGUAUCUUUACAAUGGAAAAUGAAAUAGAUAAUUUUACCAUAAAUCACGACAUAAAUAUAGAAUCAGAAUUGUCAGUUAAUAAUAUUAAUUUUUAUAAACAAAUCAACGGUGUACCAAAAGAAGAAUUUGGAAUUCAAAAAGUAGAUGGAGUUGAAUAUCUUGUUAAUGAAACACAAGAAUUUGACAGCAUUACGGUGUACAGCAAAGCAUAUAUUGAAUCCAAAAAAAUCAACGACGUGGACUUAGAAUAUUUAAUAGAGGAAAGUGUGAAACGAGAUGAAUUUCAUGAGUUUGAAAACGCUAAUUUUGUUAAUAAAUCAUCAGUAAUUGUUAACGAAACAUUAGAACUAGAUGGCCAUAUUGAAAAUCUAGACUUAGAGAAUGUGAUAGACUUUAACUCUAGUGAGAUACAAGUCCUACACGACAAAAAGAGCUUUCCAGGUUUAUUGGUCCACGGAAAUGUUUAUUUUGAUGGAUUAGUUAAUAAUAAAAGUUUUGAAACACUUUGUACAAUGGUUUCAGCAAAACAUCCUAUAAAUUUGAAAAUCAAAGGAAACGCCUACUUUGCAAAAGGCCCCCAUGUUAGAAAAAUAAAUGAACACAUCGUUGAAGAUCUGAAAGCAAAUGCUUGGUUUAAAGAUGUUCCAACAAAUAUUACAGAAAAUGUUUUGUUCAACAACGUUUCAUUUAAAGAUGAUGUUGUUUUAAAAGGUCUGUUGAACGGUGAAAAACUGGAAAAUCUCUCCUCAAAUUAUUUCAGCAAGUCUCAAAAUCAAACAAUCACAUCGACUUUAUCAUUUACCAACGAUGUUGUCUUUGAAAAUUUAGUAACAGCCCAAUUAAAUACUACAGGAUUUAUAAAUGACAUUAAAUUAGAAGACUUUUUGCAAACUGUUAUUCUAAACAACACGGAUCAAAUAUUUGAAAGUCCCGUUUACUUUGAGAACUUUACAGCCAAUAAAAUAAAUGGAGAGUAUUUAAUUAACGAACUUGAUUUGGAGAAUGGAGUAAUGAGGUACGAUGUAGAAAACAUUGUAACUGGUAGAAAAACUUUCGGCAAUUUAUCCACAAUUAACCUCUUCAUGAAAGAUAACAUUGAAGUACAAGAUGUAGCAAUAUCAAAAUGGAUGAAAAAUGUACUUCUUAACGAAGGUGAUUAUGUGGUAAAAGGACAUUACAAGUUUAACGCUCCCCCUACAUUUGAAAAAGGAUUAAGCAUGGAAGGAUUAUUAAACAACAUCAACUUCACAAGAGAAAACAUUAUGUUGAGGAAUGUGCAUCAGACAAUAACCGGAACCAAAACUUUCAAUUCUGGUACCGUCCAUUUUAAAUCUGUACAAAUUGAUCAUGGUACAAUAAAUGAUGUUGAUUUUUCAAAACUCUUCUCCAACCAGGUGUUCAAAAAUAAGGAUUCUGUUAUUAAAACUCCGGUCAACUUCUUCAAUAAUAUGACCGUAGAUAAUUUAAAUCUUUUUGGCAACUUUAAUGGCGUUAAUAUUACAAAAUUAAUGGCAAAUCUUACAGAGUUGCACGCUCUUAAUAAUUUUGAUGAAAAUUUUGUUAGGAUGAAACGAAUGACAGAAGAAAUCCAGUUUUCAAUGCAAAAUCAGGCAUACUUUCUUGAAUAUCUAAAAAUGAUUCAGUACUUCAUGAAUGUGACACAUGUAUUAGGAGUAACUGAUGAUGAACAUAUUGGGAAAUUGGUUACUCUUGCUAAUAAUAGCCAUGCUGUUACAUUAAAUAUAUUUUUAUGGGAUAAUGAAGCAGAAUUUUUCAUGUUUGAAGAUUCAUUGACUAUACUAUUUGGAAGUUAUCCAACAUUUGUUCAAAAUCUCCGAUUUGGACGGAAAGAUAUUAUUUAUAUGGAAAGAAGGGAGGCUCAUUCAGAUACAUCACAUAUUGGUGAGAUUGCAUGCUUGACUUCCAAUAACACGUUACAAAUCAAGUAUCAAUUAUUUUCGAACGGAUCCCAUUUUGUAACAUCAAUUUACUUAACUGCCAGAGCAUCUCCCUGUUUAGCCUUCAUAGAUUCCAUGAAAAAUCAAGUGUUUAUGCUUUGCGAAAUUUCUGGAGACCUUGUUAAUUUAUCUGCACUUAGAUAUCCAAGUGUUCAUGGUAUGACAUUUUUGAACAUAGAAAAACACACGUACUUGGCAGUAAUAUCUACUGGAACCGAAGAAAAAGCGCCCUGUACUGAGAUAUUCAAAUUUAAUAACGAAACUUCACUUUUCGAAAGCAAACAAAUUAUUUUCGAAGAUAUAUUGAGAUCAAUCAGCUCCGUUAGUUACAAUGAUCAGCAUUACAUUGCUGUUGUAUCUGGACAUUUGCAGAACACCAUGGUGUUCGGAGGCGUCACCAUCCGAAGAUUUAAUCGAGAAACUGGCCAAUUCGAUAAAAUGCAAGUUAUAGAAUUAGAUGCACCUUUACAAGUAGAGUUCACAGUUCUUCCGUCAAAUGAAUUGGUGUUGUAUAUCCUUACAGAAAACCCGACUGCACCAUUCGUUGUUUACAUGUAUAACGGAAUUUCCGGAUUUACAGAAGCGAUAGUUGGUUCAACAGUACCUCAAACUCUAUUCAUGAAUACCUUCACUUUGAACAAUGAUAUAUUUAUUGCUGCCUAUCACGAUGAUCGUAUCAACAUCAUGAAAGGUAUUUUUAAGGGAAAUAAAUUUUUGUAGUUUUAUGUACGUAUUGUAUAUAUUGUUGGUUGUAUUUAUGUUAUUGUAUGUUGUUCUUAUAUUUUUGUGGAAAUAAAAGACUAUGCUAAUUUAA